AUGUGGCGGUGCGUGUCUCGUGGCCUUGGCAUUUCUUCAAAGAGAUCCAUCUCCGGCGAAUCCCUCAGACCUCACUUUAGUAGACUCUUCUCCACUCAAUCAGUACGACCUCUCCCCUCGCUUGUCAAUAGUCAUGAGCUCGAAUCUUAUGCAGAAUGUGGGAGGUUCGUCAUACACAGUGGUUAUCAUACGUACGAUGCAGUUGUGGUAGGAGCUGGCGGUGCUGGGCUCAGAGCAGCAAUAGGGCUGUCUGAGCAUGGUUUCAACACUGCUUGCAUUACCAAGCUCUUCCCCACUCGUUCACAUACCGUUGCAGCUCAGGGUGGAAUAAAUGCUGCAUUAGGAAAUAUGACUGAGGAUGAUUGGAGGUGGCACAUGUAUGACACUGUGAAGGGAAGUGACUGGUUAG